AUGUCAACUGUUGCAGUCGAGUAUAAAUUUUCGACAUUCAGAGUAAAAGUUAGCCCAAACACGAUUCUUAAUGAUGUGUUGAAGGAUAGUUUGAAGCAUUUCAAAUUGAUCAACCAAAAAUCAAGCGAAAAUCUAGAUUCAUGGAGUCUACUUCACAAAGAAAAGCCCGUGGCUUUGGACCUUCCAUGGAGACUGAUGAAUCUGUCUGCUGGAGCAAAAUUAGAUUUGAAAGAAGGGCAAAGGAGGGAUUCUGAAUCAUCAAGAAGAACCCCUCAUAUUGUAAGAAUCAAAAUGCAAGUCGUUGAUUUUGAGACGGUUAUCGAUGAAGUAGAUGUCAAUGAGAAUAUAAAAACAGUGAUUGCAGCUCUAGCACAUAAGUAUUCCUGGCCACUCGAUCCUCAAGAGACGAAGCUUCAGGUGUUUUCAAAAACAAUUCCUUACUCUGAUUUCCAAUCAAACACUUUGAGUAACUUAGGGAUUAGGGAAUCAGCAUUGAUAAAACUGUACAUACAUUCUGAUAGAAGGUCAUUUGUUCAGAAAACGAGCUCCGAGCAACAGGGUACUCCAGCGGAAGCACCCGCAGCUGAUAUGAAAACCUCGAUCGAUGACAAAGGUCAUGAACUACAUAAAAUAUUAGCAUUUGUCCCACCAAAAGUACCAAUACAUUCGCAAAUAUCAAAUGAUGACGAAGAUGACUAUGAGUUGACUGUUGCGCAUGCUAGAAUUUACCAGCAACUGCUAUCAAAGCAAACAGGAGCGCUUGGCGGUUCUCUGAUUUCAAAGAGAAUGAAAGAAGAACGAGAAAAUGGUGGCAGCAAGAGCGCAGUAACAGAGUGUAAUGUGAGAGUAAGGUUCCCAAAUCUCAGUCAUAUAGAAGCGACUUUUGCCCCUGAAGAUAAUGUUCAUAUGAUAUACCAAGUCGUGGCGAAUUCCCUAAUCGAAGAAAAUCUUGAUUUUAAAUUAUCAUUUUCACAUCCUUAUGAGUUGCUUUUACCUUCUGAAAAAGGACUGGUGAAGGAUUUAGGUUUUGGUUGCAGGACUUUACUGAUAUUUGAAUCUCCACAAGAGGGUCCGUACUUGAAGGAGGCAAUUUUGAAGGAGGCGAAGGAGCUAAAUGAAGCAGACGAUGUUAAAUUAGAUCAUCUAGAUGCUGAAUCGAAGUCUGGUGAUGAAACUGCAAGAGUUACAAAACCAUCCGCUCAAGUAUCGAAUAGUUCAAUUGCUGUUUCAGGUGAGAAGAAAGUACCAAAGUGGCUGCGCCUGAGUAAAAAGUGA